UGAAGGCUGCUCCUCAGUGGAAAUCAGACAUUACUUUUUAUUUUACGAUGCGUUCAAGCUCAACAGUUAUUUCUUGGGCAUGUUGUUAUAUUGGGAGACAAUAGAGAAAAUAUUAUAUUUUUUUUUUUGGCACAUCAGAGCCAUUCAAGACUUAGUAUUGCAUCCUGGCCAAUCACGGUGAACGUUAACAAAGACGCAGCAGACGUAAUAACAGGUGGCGGAGUAAGGCUAAGUUGUUUUAGGUUGAUUAGCUAAGGGAAUAUUGUAGCCAUGUGGGGAGAAUUUUAUGAUGAAGAUACCCAGACAUCAGGAGAGCAUCCUAACCCAAGUUUGGAGUCCAGUGGAGAACUAGACUAUACAAGCGAGGAUGCAGAGAGUGCAGCACCACUGCUGUCAUUGAGAGACCGUUUAAUCCAUUUUAUGGCGGCUAGUACUAUCAUCUUGAAAAGUCAGCAGAGGUAUGAACCAGAUCUAACAUACCAAGAAAGGAAGGACAUAGCUGAAAAGCUGCUUGAUGAGAAACCAGGGCAGUUCUUAUACAGAUUUGGAAGGCAGUUGGAGAGAGAGCAUCUUCAGUAUUUCUUGAAAUAUGAAGGGGAUGCUGAAGUAGACUAUUAUCUUAGCGAAGCAUUGAAACAUAAGAAUGAGCACACCAACAAAAUUAUAAUCCGGAAUAGAAGAUACUCAGCUCUGCAGAAACUUCGCAGCACUGGAGAUUAUUUCAGUGAAAAAGAGAUGGAACGCCGAAACCCACUUUUGUAUGAUCAGCUUAUUGGGAAGCACCAAACAAAAGAAGAGAGAGAAGAUAGAUAUAAAAUAGACAGCAGUAAUGUCAGAUUUUCCAGCAUCCUUUUAGAUCACAUUGACAAAUGUACUGACAAUACCAUUAAAAAGCUACAAGAAGAUCAAGAGGAUGAAAUGUUUGAGGAAGAAGAAGAUACUGACAAUGAGGAAGUGAAUAGUCCUGUUGAAUCACGAAAAAAACAACUGUUUAAGGAAGAGUUCUACUCAGUAGGAUAUCACAACUUUUUGAGAGGGAAGGAUGAAGAUUUUGAUUAUGGCCAAGUUGACACCAGUGAUGAUUAUGAUCCUCUUGACAUUCGUGCAAGAGAUGAGGAAGAAAGAUAUUUUGAUGAAGAUGAGGAAACCCACAGUGACACAGGAAUGUGUUGCACCAGCAGUAGUAUGAAAAAUUCUGAUGUUCAAAAUACUGAACAAGAAACUUCAAGUAAAAUUCUUGAAAAUGGUGAAGCUUUUAAAAAUGACGAAGUGGAUACUUGCAGAACAUUUGAAGUUGAUUAUGAGACCAUGGAGCCAGAGAGUAUUGACCAAUGUUUGAUGGACAUUGCUGAUAUACAUUUAACUUCUAAGACUUGAUGCAAUAAUGGUAAUAAAACAUGGCUAUUUUAAACUUUAUCCAGUAAUAUAUUUUUUGAGUUUCUUUGCUGGAAACAGAAAAAAGUAUCAUUAACUAGGAAUGCAAGACACAUCAGCAGAAAGUUUUGAUACACUAAUAGUUUUUUCCAAAAAACCUUUAAUAAAACAUUUACAUUCCAGAAACAAUAGUGAAGUGCUUCUGUUAGACAAUUUUUUUUAUAAAUCUGAUGUAAUAUAAAUUUGACAAUAAAUCCUAUUGUUAUUGAUACAAUAUAUGAAAUUUUACAUAUGUGCUAAAUUAAUUUGAAGGGCAGUAUAUAAAAAUAUACCCUGUGUUAUAUUAGUGCCUGCUAUUAGGUAGUAUAUCCGAUACCAUGGAAGGCAAUUAUGGAUGGAGAAAUAAGUAUAAUAUUUGUGUUGUCACGUUCUUAUGUGCACCCAGAGACUACCCUCCUUUUAUGACAUGGAACCUUGAAAGGCUAUUUAGAAUGUCUCCAACAGCAGGAUUAAAUUUUUCCUUCAUGGUUCACCUGGUUGUUAUCAAGUUACUAGAGGAAUAUUUUCUCAAAUCCUGAAUCAAAUGGGACUUCACCCCAUAGUGCUGGUUCCUUUUCAAAUGCAGUGGCAGUUUACAAACCAUCUUUAUGGAAACCGGUACAAUGCUGUCAGCCCCUCAAGGGAGGUUCCUUGAUACUGGUGAGGGGCUCUUGAUCUAGGGAAUUGGAUCUGUGCUCAAUUAUUAUUAUUAUAAUAAAAAAGAAGUGCUAAGCCACAAGGGCUAUACAGCAUCUGUGCUCAAGUUCCCUGAAUUAAGCCUGAAUACCUUCCAUCUUCCCCCCACAUGCGCUGUAUAAUCCUACGAGUUUAGCACUCCCCCAUGAUUAUAAUAAUUAUAUAACAAUGCUGCCAGUGGCAGUAACAUUUCCUAAAAUGUUAAAACACCCACAAAGAUUGUUCGAAACAGCAUCUCUGACUUUUCUUACCCACCGUUUUAUAGCUGUGAAAGCUCUCACUUUGGCCUAUUGCUUUCAAUGCAUUCUAUAUUCAACCCAAAAACAGUCAAAUUUUUUGGCCCCAAAUCAUGUGCUACUGACAGUGAUCAGUCAAGACAUUUCAUGCUUCCCAAGCAGACACUUUAUCCAUGUAACAAGAUGUAGAUGACAUCCCCUUCACCGUCCAUUGAUAUGCUCAAUUUAAUUCGACCUCCAGGGUGUUGUUCCUCAUCUAAUGUCUCGCUACCAGCUUUAUGUAGAUUGUAGAUAUUUGUUGCCAGAUCAAGCUCAUGAAGUUGCUUAUUGUUGAAGUGGAGAAUUUUGUUCAUCCUGUACAUGGGCACUGCCAAGUUCAAGCUUAGCUGUAAUAAGUUCUCUGCAACUGUUUAUUUAAAGAGUUGUUGGUUAGAGCUCUUUCCGACUCCUUGGCAAUGUAACUGCUGGCACUUUUGAAACCUAACAAAAUACUGUCAUUCAAUUCAUGCUAGGAUGGGUAUGGGGUGCAUAAUAAAGAUAUUAAACUAAAACUCACCUAGAGAAUGUCCCACCUGCAAUUGAAAGGAUGUCCACCUUACUGUACCCUUCAUAUCAGUUACUUUCUGUGGUUGGGGAAAUAUGGUCUUCGUUGAUGAUGUAGUUGCUCUGCAUGGGACUUCUUACCCCAGUGUGGCUGUAGUUUGUGAAAGUAAUUAAAUGCUUCCCCAAUGCUUGCCAUGUAUGGAGACCCAUCCAUAUAUUGCACUUCCUGUUUCCACUUGCCUGAAAACUGAGCCUAACCUUUAGAGUUGUGAUGCCUCGGUAGCCAACACACUUCUUUGGUGGGUGGAUAGAGAUAAAACAGGUGAAUUGGCAUUGGCCCCUUCUGAAUAAAUUUGCUUGUUCUGUUGUUUCAUGCACUGCUGUAUAACCCUUGUGGGUUUAGAUCUUAGUUAUUACAAUAAGAAUAAUAAUAAUAAUCUAUCGCAUCAUUACUGUUAUCUGGUAGUAGGCUGCAUAUUAGCCUGCUUGUGUUUUUGCUGCCUAAUCUUGCUGUUCAUCCAUUUUGGUUCAUUGCCAUCUUGUGGAUGGCAUGCUUCUGUGAAAAGGAAGUUCAGUGGUGUUUGGCAGGUAAGGUGGUUCUUGGCCUGACAAUCUACAUUGGAGGAUAUGUUUAGCCAUUGUAAAAUGAACAUCAGAACAUAAACAUCUUUUUGGUCUUGUGGCUGAAAUCAAACCCUCUGCUGGAUACUCUUGGGUACCACUCUAUUACCCUGAGGCUGUUGUGUGUUGGACACAGCGGUGGGUGGGGUAAGGAUUUAUUUGCACUAUCUUACACCUGUGACUGGUUUUGAGGGCUUUUCUAUUCCUGCAGCCUAGCCUAAGUCCAGACUACUCUGUUGACCACAGUCAGUCAAGCUACCCUGCUGACCACAUAGUCAAUCAGGCUACCCUGUUGACCAUAGUCAACCAGGCUACCCUGCUGACUACAUAGUCAACCAGGCUGUGGUAAUGACCCUGAGGCCCAUAUAACCAUCAUAACCCAACUGAUCUGGUACCUUUAGUGGGAAGCUGUCCAACUUUUCAUUCUGGCAGUACAAGUAUUUCUGAUAUCUGCUGGCAGUAUGUUGAAGUGUCUUGGACAUUGACAGUGUUCUCUAAUUGUACCCAUGGCCUUUCUGCUUCAGUGAGUUUAUUCUACAUUGUUUCCCAUAUCUUUCACUCCAGUAAGCUGCUAAAGCAAUGUGUAAGUUAGGGACCAAGCCCUAGAGUAUCCUCCAUAUACUGUAUAUAUUAUCAGAUAUCUCUUCUCCAUUUCAGAGCCAAUAAUCCAGUUACUGAGGUAUUAAAAGUAGUUUAGAUGUGGUAUUAAUUUUGUGUGAGCAAUAUAUGACCUCUAUAAUUUUCCGUUUUCCCCCAGUGCCUCAUCACAGGGCCUUUCUAUGUGAAAUUAUUUUGCAGUCCAUCUAUUGUAAACUUUUGGUGACAUCUUACCUGAUGUUAACCAGAAUCUUGACUUUGCUAAAUGCACAUACUGAUUUCCAGUGCAAAUAAGGUCUUUGCUCCAUAUAUAUUUUCCAAAUGACUGUUAAUUGUCCUGUGAUAAAUAUAUCUAGCUACAGGAGGGCCCUGUUUAUAUAGCAGGUUAGGUUUUGGGCUACCACCAUUAAGUGAAACGACCUUUAUUUACUUUCAAAUGCCUAUAAAAGCCUGAUAACGUGUUUACAGUAUCAUAUACGUAUUAAGUGAGCAAUAGAGCUAUGCCUUAAAAAUGCAUAUACAGUACACACAUUACUUACCAUAAAAUAUUUUCCUACUUGAUGAUGAAUAUAUUUAUUGCAGGUAGCCUGAAUAAAUGAAGAAUGGGUAUAAUUGAAAACCGUGGUACUAGCGAAACAUUGUAAAGCAAAGCCCCUCCUGUAUAUAGAAAAGAGCAAUUGUUUACACAUGGGAAAGUGAAAUGCUUUCAAAUUUAUAUAUUUAUUUGUAAAAUUAUAUAAAACUUGAGAAUGAAUUCCCCAAGAAGACUUUGAUAAGAAGACUCCUUUACAUUAUGAAAUGGAUAGACUGGGAUUCACCUGAAAAAAUUCUAUGUAAGCACUGUCAACAGACAUAACACCAUUGAUGUUUUUGUACUUUUUAAGUUUACACACAAUAUGGACAGUAAUUCUCUUGCUAAUUAUGAUUAAAGAAACUCCCACCUAGUAGCUCGGCUAAAUGUUAAGCACCGAACAGUGUAUCAUUAAGGAAAUAAACUGAUAAAAUUAUCAAAAUAAAAUAAUGGUAUGUGAUCACCACUAACUUGUGACUGAUACUGUACCUCUAUAUCCAAUAUAACAUGAGAAAUAAUUUAUAAGCUGCAGUAUAUUAGACAUACAGUUUAAAAUAUGCAAGUUUUUGAAAGCAGGAAUCUGUAUAUACUGUGCGUUGUCUUAUUUAUUACCUAUUUAAAAAUAAUCAAAGCACAGCCAUAAUAUAUCACAUAUAUACAAGAGAGGAUUCCUGUAUAGAAAUGAACUAACUUGCCUCUAUGAUAUUUAACACCAAAAAGUAAUAUGCAGUAGUUCAGAUUCUUAUUUUAUUAUCCAGAUUUAAUGUCCUCCAACCUCAUAAAACUGUGGCAAAGCAUUUUAUAUAUUUCAGUAUAACACCUAUCAAACUUAUUACCAGUAUGUGACAGUGAGUAACCACACAGUGCCAAUUUUAUACUCUACCAAUUAAAUUUUGAAACAGGAUUAAGUUUAAAUAUCAUCUUCUGUCAACAAACUGGCUGUAUCCCACUGAGGCAGGGUGGCCCAAAAAGAAAAACAAAAGCCCCUCUUAACAUUAGUAAUGUAUACAGGAGAAGGGGUUAAUAGCCCUUGCUCCCGGCAUUUUAGUCGCCUACUAUGACAUGCAUGGAAGUUUAAACAUAUUUUGACAUAAAAUCUAACCAAUUUUUCUUUCAAAAUAAAUUUCUUUUACUUA